UGGCGUUUCCAGUCGGACCGCACUCUGUGCAACAUAGCGGUUCGCCGCCUGGAAAGUGACAGGAGAGCUGCUAGUUGUUGACAUUUUUCGCAAGCUUUUUAUAUUGUGUCGCACAGACAGAAAUGGACGACCAGGGGUGUCCGAGAUGCAAAACAACCAAAUACAGGAAUCCGUCGCUGAAGCUGAUGGUGAACGUCUGCGGUCACACGCUAUGCGAGAAUUGUGUGGAGAUGCUGUUUGUGCGCGGCUCAGGUAACUGCGUGCAGUGCGACACACCCCUGAGGAAGAGCAACUUCCGCGUGCAGCUCUUCGAAGACCCCACUGUAGAUAAGGAGGUGGAGAUUCGCAAGAAGGUGCUGAAGAUAUACAACAAGAGAGAUGUUGAUUUCUCCAGCCUGAGAGAAUAUAACGACUACCUGGAGCAAGUGGAGGACAUAGUGUAUAACCUGACAAACAACAUUGAUAUGGAGAACACCAAGCUGAGGAUGGAGCAGUACCAGAGGGAGAACAGAGAUAUCAUCCAGAAGAAUAAGGCUAAACUUACGCGAGAGCAGGAGGAGCUGGAGGAGCUGCUGUUGCUGGAGCAGCAGGGCAAUGAGCAGCGGAGGUUGGAUGUGCUGCAGGAGGAGCAGAGGCAGCUACAGGCCAAGAGGAAGAACAAGCAGGCUCUACUGGAUGAACUGGAGCAGUCUCAACUUCCUGCCACCAUCUUGCUUGCCCAACACAAGGUCCGUGCUGCCCAGCUAGAGACCCAGAUAGAGCAGCAGAAACAGGCAGUCAAACCUACCAAUCUAUUUUCAACUGGAAUCCAUAUGCGGCAAACGGUGUCUCUCCAGCCUGUUCCCAAGAUGGAGGAAGUUCUGUACCACUACAAGCCCCUUCAAGUUGAAACUUACGGACCCCCAGUGCCUGAACUGGAGCAGCUGGGCAGACUUGGGUAUCUGAACCACGUGCGGGCUGCCAUGUCUCAGGACACAGCUGGAGGAUACUCCUCAGCUUUGGCAUGUCAUCGAGCCAUUCAGGAUGCGCUCAGUGGGCUGUUCCCUCCGAAAGGCUAACAGCCACUGGUUAGAAAUGUGACUAAAAGGACUAUAAAAACCACACUGCUACCACCAUGGAGAGGGCAGAAGCUGCUGCGGUGAAUAGUGCUCUGACCUCUUGGUCAAGGUGUUUUUGUUUUUUUAUAUUUUGUUAAUUUUAUAUUUAAAUAAAUCACAAUGAACACUGAGAA